UUACACCGGCAUGAUAACAUUAUCAUAAACACAACCAACCGGUUGCUGGGUUGACGUGCGCGUAGUUAUUUUGAAUAAUAAAGUGUUUGCAACAUGUCUGUCGCUAUAAAUAAAGGUGUUUUCAUAGUAGCGGCCAAGCGAACGCCUUUCGGCCGUAUGGGCGGCCUGUUGAAAGACGUCCACCCUUCCGACCUGGUGGCCACCGCCGCCAAGGACGCCUUCAAAGCCGGCAACGUCAGCCCGGCUUUAGUGGACUCUGUCAAUGUUGGCAUGGUCAAUGUGUUGAGCGGCACCUCAGACGGCGGGCUGUCUCCCCGACACGCGGCGCUCAAGUCAGGAGUGCCCCAGGAGAAGCCGGCGCUGGGGGUGAACAGACUGUGCGGCUCCGGGUUCCAGGCCAUUGUCAACAGUGCACAGGACAUCCUAACAGGAGCGGCGCAAGUAUCUCUGGCUGGAGGCACAGAAAACAUGUCAGCGGUCCCCUUCGUGGUCCGAAACACCCGCUUUGGUGUUCCUCUGGGAGCCAACAUCGAGUUCGAAGACAGUCUGAACAAGGGGUCGUUGGACACGUAUUGCAACUUCACCAUGCCGCAGACCGCUGAGAACCUGGCAGAGAAAUAUGACCUGAAGAGAGGAGAGGUUGAUGAAUUCGCGCUUCAGAGCCAGAGGAGGUGGAAGGCUGCAUUCGACAACGGCGUGUUCAACGCUGAAAUAAGCCCAGUGACAGUGAAAGUGAAGAAGCAGCAAGUUGUGGUAGACAGAGAUGAGCACCCGCGGCCGGAGACCACGGCCGACGCGCUCGCCAAGCUGCCCGUGCUGUUCCGAAAGAGCGGAGUCGUCACCGCUGGCAACUCCUCCGGAGUGAACGACGGCGCAGGCGCAUUGAUCCUGGCGAGCGAAGAGGCGGUGAAGCAGCAUGGCCUAACUCCGCUGGCGAGACUGCUCGGCUGGUCGUACGUCGGAGUGGACCCUAGUGUUAUGGGCAUUGGACCGGUGCCUGCCAUUCGGAAUCUGUUGAGGGCUACUGGCUUGAAAUUAAACGAUAUUGAUUUGAUUGAGAUCAAUGAAGCGUUCGCAGCUCAGACCCUGGCGUGCGUGAAGGAGCUGAACUUGGACCAGAGCAAGCUGAACGUGAACGGUGGAGCCAUCGCGAUGGGCCAUCCCGUCGGGGCCUCGGGCGCCAGGAUCACGGCGCAUCUUGCUCAUGAACUUAGACGCCGCGGACUGAAGAAGGGUAUUGGUUCAGCGUGCAUCGGGGGUGGACAGGGCAUCGCUCUCCUACUUGAAUCUGUCUGAUUCUUCUGCUUUGCCAACGACAUGUCAAACAGACUUUAUUAUUUAUUUACUUAUUUAAUAGUUUACUGAACACAGAACAAAAUAAAGAAAAAUAAAAAAUAUAUAAGAAUCCUGA